AUGAUCCUAGGACAAAAAGCACCAUUCUCUUCUUGCGACAACAUUCCUGCGCAGUCCCUUUCAUCUGCGCAUCGUUACAAAGACAGCGGCCACCCUUCAUGGAGUUGGCUGCCCGGUCACAGCCCGGAGUAUGAACUCACUCCCACUGCAAACAGGUUCAGCAUCCUAGCAGACCCUAGCAAUUCAUCGACAUAUUCACCAUGGCAUUCCAACGCAUCGACCUCUAAUGCCAACUUGCGGCGGCGGCGUAAACGUGCCGGAAAGCGCCACAAGGUCCAGAGAAAAAGUGCUGGAAUUGUAAGGCUGCCAACAACGGAGAGUAUCGUCGCACUUGGUCAUGAGAUCUCCACACUGUGUCUCGAGAAUAAAUCGUUCGCUACCGAGGACCCUCGAGGUCUAAACCAGAGUCGAUGCGUCCCAGACGUUACCACCAGCCGUUGCUUUGCAAUCAACGGGUCCGACUGGCCGCCGCAGCUACAAUCAGAUACACUACCCACCCCAAUCCAAUUCACGAAUCCACCGCCGCCGAGUGUGAAAUCAUGCGCGUCAGUGGAAACAACACUUGCCUCGAGUUUCGAACCGUCAAGCGUGCCACAAAAGCAACCACAAUUGUUUGACCUUUCACAAUUCCUUGAUUACCACGACGCCACAUACCGUUGGCUGUCGAAAUCUGCAUUCUCGCAACCUUUGGUUACAACAGAAGUCUCCCAAGGUUCAAAUAGUCUUGCCAAUUCGGCACUAUUAUUCCUCGCACAACAAGAGAAACCGGCAGCUGCAGCUUGCGGACACACCUUCAGGAAACCUUUGUCCCCCGUCCCCCCAUCUGAAGACGCCUUUGACUGGCAUCAGACAGUUCUAGCUACACUGGGUUUGAGAGAACGCCAUCUCGUCACCACCCCCUUCCAGGCCCCUAGGUUGAAGCUUCCAUUCAAACACUCAACGCAAAAAUUCAUGGAGGCACCACCCAUUUCCGUGUCUACCGGACAUGGAACAAAAGAUCACCAUGCUAAGGAGACCUGUCGACGUCUACCGCUUCCACUAUCAUGCUUGCAAGCAUUUGGGGGUUUCCGAUCCGCAUCCAACCCGUUCCUGUACGACAACUGGACGGUACCUCGGCCAACAAUCCCAUUGCCACUGCCUCUGUCGGUGCUCCAUCCUCCUCAAAAAGCGUCUCCGAUAGAUCCAUUUCGCAUGGCUAGAAUGGAGUCUCACCCAUUUUUGCACAGCGAUACGGCUUCCAUGGGUCAUUCAAAUGGACAUUGUCCUCUGACAGCAAGUUUCACAUGUCCUUGUCUCUCGAAAAACUGGGAACCCAGAGGUGAUGGCCUUCCAUACCUAUCCGGGCCCACCGGCAACUUGAACAUGCGACAUGAUAGUGGCUGCACUCUGCGUGUUGAGGCCAUGUCAACGCCUAACGAAUCAACGACAAGCAGAUACCCUGACGAAGUCCGAGCCCAACAAGUCGACUCCGUAUUUGCCAAUCGAAACCCAUGGGUAAAUGGACGCCUUCGCUCGCAUCCUCCUAUAUCUAGCAGAUACUGUCUGGACUACUGGACGAGGGUGGGCUCGAAAUAUUUGCAAAAUGAUAUCCACCCCGCUUUCAUAACUCCCAAUCAAGAGCUUGAACCAGAGGAAGAAUGGGUUUCUAUUUCUCGAGAAUUCGACCGACCCCCGAACGAAGACGAUAUAGAUGGCUUUGUGAACGUGGGCUCGGACGAAGAGUACGAAAUGGUGCAGCGCAAUACCACACUCUAUGAACUCGACGGAUGGGAAUGUAUCGGCCAUUCUCUCAUUGCCGAAAUUGUGUCUUGUGACUUUGAUGAGGACGAUUAUGAGGAAUUCUUGUAG